UGACCUGCCGCGGCGUGGGUGGGAUGGCGGCGGCGGCGGGACGCAGCUUCCUCGGGCUGCUGCGGGCGCGCUCCAGCGCCAUGGCUCGGCGCCCGCUCGAGGGCGUGGCGCCCUCCCGGGGUCUGUGCGCGGAGUGCGGGCCCCGAAGGCUCUCCAUCGAAGGCAACAUUGCUGUGGGAAAGUCCACCUUUGUGAAGUUCCUCACGGCAGCUUAUCCAGAGUGGCACGUCGCUACAGAACCUGUAGCAACAUGGCAGAACAUCCAGACUGCGGGCACCCAAAAAGCCUCCACUACCCAGAGUCUUGGAAACUUGCUCGAUAUGCUGUACCAGGAGCCAGCACGAUGGUCCUAUACAUUCCAGACAUUUUCUUUCCUGAGCCGCCUGAAAACCCAGAUGGAGCCUGUUCCCGAGAGACUGUUCCAGGCCAGCAGCGCCGUGCAGAUCUUUGAGAGGUCUGUUUACAGUGACAGGUAUAUCUUUGCAAAGAGCCUUUUUGAAAAUGGCUCCCUCAGUGACAUCGAGUGGCACAUCUACCAGGACUGGCACUCCUUUCUCUUGCAGCAGUUUGCCAGCCAGCUACAACUUCAUGGCUUCAUCUACCUCCGGGCUACUCCCCAGGUUUGUUUGAAGCGACUGCACCAGAGAGCCAGGCAGGAGGAGAAGGGAAUUGAGCUGGCGUAUCUCGAGCAGCUUCAUGAGCAGCAUGAGGCCUGGCUUGUCCAUAAGACAACCAAGCUCCACUUUGAUACUCUGCUCAACAUUCCAGUGCUGGUGCUGGAUGUCAAUGAUGACUUUUCUGAAGUCGGAACCAAACAAGAGGAACUUCUGGCAAAGGUAAACACCUUUGUAAAAAAUCUAUAGUCAUAUUCUGGGAUUUAAAUUUUUUUGAAUUUUGUACAUACAGUAUUGUAGCACCAGACACCGCCAGAGUCAGCAACCCUCCAGCCAGUGCUCCCAGGUUCCCGCUCAUAUUCCACAUCUCCCCACCCCCACCCCCGGCCUCCCCAGCCUGCCAUGUUGACAGCACCAGUGGUGUUCGCUGCCAUUGUUCUAGAAGACCAAGUAAGUCCUGGGUGAUGCAGCCUCUCUCCUGAGAUGCUGUGCUGAAGUAUUUGUGAGAGAAAUGAAGAAAUGUUGUGUGGAGAAGAACUGCUACUCCGUGACGUCCACACAAGAAUGCAAUUGCCUACUGACACAUUUCUCACAACAUAUUUUUGUCAUUAAGUGAUGCAGGACCAUAGGCUUAUGAGAAAAAUAUACGCUUAUAUAGAAUUGCAGUGCUUGUUGCAAGAAGUCUGCAGGCCUCUGAUUCACCAGAUCCAGAAUUCACCCAUGCAGCCCUUGACAGUUGUGCAGGCACGCAAGGAAUUGAAUGAGUUCAAGGCUAAAUAUCCUGAGAGAGCUGUGUUUCCCUUAGUGAUAAGUCAGUGUGAUGUUUGGAAAUUAAAGCACAGCAUAUUAUUAGCUUUAAGACAAAAAAGUUUUAAAUUGAGACAUAACUCAUGGACAAAGCACCUCACCCAUUUAAAGUAUAAAGUGUCUUCCUGAAUAGCUAAAGCAGUCCUAAGAAAAAGGAAGGUGGGGUGCAUUGCUUUCCAUAACUUCAAAUUGUAUUACAAAAUGGUCGUAAUUAAAACAGCAUAGUAUUGUGAUAUUGGUAGUGGAAAAUGUGCACUGGUGAAGGGAUGGGUGAUUGAUCAUUGUGUGACCGCCCAAAAGCUUUAUAACUGUUCUCAUGGUAAUUCAUAAAAAAAAUAAAAUAAAAAGCCUCUGCACUUCAAAGGAAACAAUGUCCAGAAUACAAAAACAGUCCACUGAAUGGGAAAAAUUAUUUACCCAACACUCAUUUGAUAGCGAUUAAUAUCCAAGAUGUAUAAGGCACUGGAAGAACUUUACCAAAAAAAAAAAAAAAAAAAGAACAUACAACGCCAUCAAAAAGUGGGGAGAA